CGUCCAUGGCAAGCCACCAGGAGGCAUCCCAUUAAAGCCGGUGGUGAAGAGCAGUGGCAGCCCAGUGACCAGGUGACGAGGGUCCGUGCAAGAUGAAGGUGUUUCUGUCUCUUCUGUUUGUUGCCAUCGCUUACAUGGAGUUCGCCCAAACCUUACAAUGUUAUUCCUGCCUUGAACCUACUGCUGUUGAUACGUGCCUGACGAUCCAGAACUGCACAAAGAAUGAAACCAUGUGCAAGACCACUAUGUAUUCCCUGGAGGACGUUUAUCCUUUCAUAGGAGUCUCGACCGUCACCAAGAUGUGCUCUUCCGUCUGCAUCCCAUCUGAUGUGGAUGGGAUUGGCAUGACGCACCCUGUCUCCUGUUGUUACACUGACUUGUGCAACGUUGAUGGUGCAGCUAGUUUGAGGGUCAGUUUUGUGCCAGUUGGGGUGCUAGCAAGUUCCCUUUGUGCCUUCUUCUGGACUAGACUGUGAGGAGCUGAUGAUCUUUCAUGCUGAAGAACCCAAUGAAGAAGAUAAUAAACCCCUGCCAGCCCACUUUUCUGUUUGGAUGCCUCAUGGACAACCCUCAACAGCUCCCAGAAAUUGCUUUUUUACCACCCAACCUUUUUCCAUGACCAAGAAAGAAGCAAAACACAGGAAGUCCUGACACAAAUUUUUGAAUUGACUUUUCAACAAGUCCACAAAAUUAAC